AUGGAAAAUGAUGCUGCAAAGAAGGGAAACAGUAGCCCAUCUAUACCAGUAGGAAGGAAGGAAACCCAUGCCUGGGCCAACACUGUAGGAACAUCUCUUGCUCAGACCAAUCCUGUAGGAACGUCUCUUCCAUCGGCAGCAUGCCUGGAGCUGCAGCAGCCAGACCACAGGAAGAGUCCACCGCUUUCCAAAAUUGUCUCCUCGUAUUCAUUGCAGCAUUAUUUCACACAAGGCAUCCCAUUUCCUCAGAUUGCUAUGCUACCCUACUCUUUCAACAAAGGUGCUGGAAGUACCGAGAACGCCAUCUCAUCUGCCCAAGCUGCUAUAGCAAUACCUGUGGCAGUUCUGCCAAAGGGAGAAACCAAUCCGGCAAAUAACCCUGAUAUGGUGAAUUACUCAGCUUUAGUGGAAAAUGACAGCAGGAACCCAGCUGUUACCUCAUCAUCUUUCUGCAUCCCUCCCAAUUUGGAAAUGCCAGGAAAAGCAGAAAUCAGCCUUGAAAACAGCACUGAGACAGUACAUUACCCAACUUUACUGGAAAAUAAGAGUGGCCAAGAUAUUGCCUCUCCGUUUGUCUCCAUUCCUCCCAAUUCUGGUAUGCCAGAAAGAGCAGAAACCAGCCUGGAAAAUAACUCUGACGCAAUGAAUUAUCCACCAUUUUUUGUACAUGGCAGUGGUCAAUGCUCUUCCACUUCAUCCAACUGCAUCCCACCUAAUGUUGUAUCUGAAAAAGUUAUGCUCAUAGAAAUGCCGGGAAUAGCAGGAAUCAGCUUGGAAAACAACUCUCAGAGAAGGAUUUACCCAAUGUUUUUCGUAGAUAACAAUGGGCCAGUUACUACCUUUUCACCUCUCUCCAUCCCUUCCAAUUUUGCACUUUUACCUAUAGAAAUAUUGGUAAAAGCAGAAACCAGUGUGGAAAACAUUCCUGACAUAAUGAAUUGCCCAACUUUGUUGGAAAAUGACAGUGGUUAAGAUUCUUCCUCAUCUGUCUGUAUCCCUCCCAAUUUUGGAUAUCUUGGUGAUCCAAAAAGAAACGUCAAGAUUCUUAAUACUCAUUUGGUGGCCGCACAAAAGAAGACCGAACCUAAGCAUGCAGCCCGCUACUUGAUUGGUGUUUUGUUCUCAAAGGAAGUCCUGAUUUACAGCUCAGUUGGUGCCAAUUCCCUAGGCUACUACCACCUAGAUCCAAACAAAAUGGCUGCAGUGAGAGAAUUUCUAGCAGCGGUUUUUCCCGACUAUGAUUUGAGUGAAUGUGGAAAAGAUUGGAAAGCCUGUGAAUCCAAUAUCAGUGCUCUGAUCUGCCGUUUAAGAUUUGAAGCCAAAAGAAUGAUACAAAAAACUGUUCACAAAGAUAAAAAGCCUACCACGCCUAAUACACCAAGGUCUGCAGAUUUGAAUGAUGAAAGCGUUGGUGAUGGCAGUGAAGGCAGUUCUCAGUUAUCUCAGGGAAUGAGUGCCUCAGAAACAAGAGAAAACAGGAAUUCUCAGCAGGCCAGUAAUGCUAUCUGUGAAAGAAUGGAAGGACCCUCCAAUGAAAUACUGGAAUGUUUUGGAAAUCCGUGUAGAAAUAUACAAAUGCCACGUUCAGUACUGGAUAUAGCAAAAGGGAAGCCUUGCCCAGAGCUGUCAGCCAAAUACCUUAUUCGCAACCUGUUCUCAGAGGAAGUCCUGGUCAAAAGUAACGUCUAUGGCAGUAUGGGGCAUGGCUUGUGUGCCCUUAACUCCAACAGGAUUAAUGCUCUCCGAGAGUUUCUCCAAGACAUCUACCCAACUCGUGAUCUAUCGGAAAGUGGAUAUGGCUGGAAGUUGUGUGUGACAGCUAUGAACAGUUGUAUCCGUAGUAUUAGAUAUCAAUUCAAGAAAUCCACAGGCAAAUUGACAGAGUCAGAGCCAAGAGAUACCAACUUAACUGACUGA